UGGCUGGAAGGUGCACUUACACCCCGCAUCCGCAGAAAAUCGAGCAGGAGACCCAUGGAGCAGAGAAGAAGAUGCUGACAUCAUCCGAAGGGGUUCCCAUUGGGACCCUUGUAAGCUCACUAACCGUAGGACCCCGAGGGCCAAUUCUCAUGCAGGAUGCGGUGCUAAUGGAGGAAAUGGGUCAUUUUGUCAGAGAACGAAUUCCGGAGAGGGUGGUGCAUGCCCGUGGAGCUGGAGCUUUUGGGUAUUUUGAAGUGACUCACAAUAUUACCCACUACUGCAAAGCCUGUGUGUUUGAGUACAUCGGGAAGAAGACGCCAAUCGCUGUGCGCUUCUCCACUACAAGUGGUGAGAAUGGUUCUUCUGAUCUCACUCGAGAACCUCGUGGGUAUGCAGUUAAAUUCUACACAGAGCAAGGAAACUGGGACCUGGUUGGCAACAACAGCCCAGUGUUUUUCUUAAGAGACCCUAUGUUGUUCCCGUCCCUUUCACACGCACAGAAGAGAAACCCACAGACACAUCUAAAAGACCCAAACGCACUGUGGGAUUUUUUUAGCCUUCGCCCAGAAACCCUCCAUGAGGUCACUAUGAUAUUUACUGAUCGUGGUACCCCUGAUGGUUAUCGACACAUGCACGGAUUUGGAAUCCAUCCCUUCAAAAUGAUCAAUGCACGUGGAAAGCCUGUAUAUUGCAAGUUUGUCUACAAUACGGAUCAGGGUAUAAAAAAUCUAACAAGGGAGCAAGCGACGGCUCUUUCUGGAACAAAUCCGGAGUACGCAAUUAAAGAUCUAGGAGAUGCCAUUAGCAGAGGAGACUUCCCUUCCUGGACACUGUAUAUCCAGGUCAUGACCUUCGAGGAAGCCAAAAAUAUGCCUUUUAAUCCUUUUGAUAUCACCAAGAUUUGGCCCCAUGAAGAGUUCCCAUUGUUACCAGUGGGGAAGUUAAUAUUAAACAGAAAUCCAGAGAAUUACUUUGCUGAAGUUGAACAAAUAGCUUUUUGCCCACAGAAUCUGAUACCAGGAAUAGAACCCAGCCCUGACAGGAUGCUGCUGGGACGCAUGCUUGCGUAUCCUGAAGCCCUGAGGUACCGGCUAGGCUCUAACUACCAACAGAUCCCAGUAAAUGUCUCCAAACAAGCGAAAGUAGCAAACUAUCAUAGAGAUGGUUUUAUGGCAAUGGGUAACAAUCAAGGAAGUGGGCCAAACUACUAUCCAAACAGCUUUGGGGGCCCAGAGGAAACGAGAGAGUUCCUACAGUCAUCUUUUCAUUUAUCUGGAGAUGUCGCCAGGUAUGAUGACUGCAAAGAAGAUAACGUGUCCCAGGUACGAAAAUUCUAUCUCACUGUUCUGGACUCGGCAGAGCGACAGACCCUGUCUCAGAAUAUUGCAAAGAGUCUGGUGGGUGCCCAGCCCUUCAUUCAGCAGAGAGCAGUAAAGAACUUCACUGAUGUGCACCCUGACUAUGGAGCCCGAGUCUUGGCUGAACUUGAAAAACUUCGAGCAGCCAAAGAGGUAAAAUAAACUA